AGAUUCAAAACCUUCUUUUCUUCAUUUCGUCGCAGCAUUGGUGGGCUUGGCUUUGUUUUCCUUUCCAGCUAAGUAUUCUUGUCUUCUUUCUUCCGCCUCUCUCUCACUCGGCCCUUUUUCUUCCACAAAUCUUUGGUUGGUCCCUUUUGGGGUACAAAUCCGGCUCCAAAAUCCGAUCUUUCAAGGUUGGUUUUGUUUCUUGGUUGUGAUAAUCCAGAUCUGACUCGCAAAAUCUGAUCUUUGGGAUCCUCUCUUUUCAGCUUCUCUUUCGAUCUCUUCACUAAGGUUCAUGUUCUUGAUGUUCUUCCCUCGAAUACUGUCGAAAACCGUAAUCCAGCUUUUAUGAAUCUCGCUACUCUCAGCGUCUGCUUCCUCCACUCCUUCUCUGUGGUCCUUCUCUACUGGUUCUAUGUGAUCUCAUAAACUCGUUCUGAUUGCUUGAUCCAUUAACGUCGAGAAAGAGGCAUCUUUUUCUUUUCCUGUUCAAUCCAAUUUCGAGUAGCUUAGAAUCAGAGAUCCAGCGAGGAACAAGGAUAUGUCUUCUUCCUUUCCCGUCCGCCGAACUUCGAGUUCCGAAGGAGACUCGCAGCCGAUGAUCGACGUGAGGAAGAGAAAGCGGAUGCUCUCGAACAGGGAGUCAGCGAGGAGAUCGAGGAUAAAGAAGCAGCAGCAAUUGGAUGAUCUGAUAAACCAGGAGGCGCAGCUCAAGAGCCAAAACAGUCAGAUCGCAGUGCAGAUCAAUCUGGUAACGGAGCAGUACAACAAAGUGGAAUCUGAGAAUGCUGUGCUGGGGGCUCAGCUGAGGGAAUUGACCGAGAGGCUGCAGUCGGUGAACUCGGUGCUCCAUUUCAUUGAGGAGUUCAGCGGGAUGGCCAUGGACAUACCCGAGAUACCAGACCCUCUCCUGAAGCCAUGGAAGCUUCCUGGCAUGGUACAGCCAGUCAUAGCCAAUUCUAACGUAGUCCGAUUCUGAAACUUCAUUGUUGUGCGAUAUCUACCUUGCUUUGCUGCUUGUGCUCUGGUUUUGUUGAGUUGCAUGUAAAAUCAGUAUGUUUUUUCGUGUCCAAGUCAGUGGGUGAUAUGUGUGCAUGUGCUUGUUGUAACAUGAUCUUUGGGUAAAUGUCCUAAUUAUUCCAGUUGAAUA